AUGCGGAAGAUUCAUAUGACGGUUUUCACAAUGGCACAAGUUAUUUUACAGGAGAGGGUUAUUCAGACUACAGAUAUCGUCAUGGGAAUAACUACUGAACAUGAGACUGUAGCAACAUUUCCAUUACUAUUCUACUUGUGGAUUCUGGUACCAAACGCAACGGAACGUGCACCAACCAGCUGUUUUAAGCUAUGUAGAAUUCGUUGA